UCAGAAUUCCUGGAGGUUCUUUGGAAACCCUUUUAAACAUCAUGGCUUUGCGAGUGUGUUGUCGGGUUGCGAUCCAUUCUCGCCGGUUCUUAUCGCGGGGAGCGGUGACAGCCCGAGGGUUCACUUCUCGUCCUCCGCUCCUACGAUUAAACGGUAUUUUCUCCUCCUUCCUCUUCCCAAUUGCUUCCUGAUGGACAAAGAUGUUCUGACAAUUCCCCCUACUCGGAAGAACCACUGCCACAGUUCAAACCAACCGCGUCCCCAGAAUUGGGGGAAAGGCUCGCCAAAUUUCGGCAAGAAUUAGUUCUCCCCUCUCACCUCUUGCUCGAGCACAGAAAAAUUAUCCGGAAGGAAUGUAACCGCGCGAAACUUCUCAAUGAGCCCCUCUUCGUUGAAAUCGCCGGCGAGAAGGUCCAACUUCUCCCAAACACCCGACCGGCUUUCCUCGGCGCACAUGAGAUCACGAAUAUGAUCAACGCAAUGAACGACCCGAACGAGAUUGACAACACCCUCCCCUUCCUGCUGGGUCUCCGGCAGGCGGAGGUCCCGCUGAAGGAAGGCCACAAGCAGAAGAUUAUCCGGGCUUGCAAUCUUUUGGGAAGGGUGGACUUGAUAAUCAAGAUCGUCAAAAAUAUCAGGAGGUACAACUUCCGUCUCACCAAGCCCAUCGCUCGGGAAUGCAUGCGAAGUACGUUGGUCGAGCAGGCAGUACCCGAUAAAGAUUUCUCCACGAGAGCUGUCCGACACGCCAACCUUUUUAUGAAACUCUUUGUCCACACUGCCUUCAAAGUCGAUCCAACCGAGCGGUUAAAGCGGGAUCCGGUGGUUAUUGGAACGGCGCUGGGUGUGUUUGCAGAUAACGACCUCCGCUAUAACGACAGGGUUGACUUUGAGGGUGAGACGGAGAAAUUGUGUCGCCUUCUAAAGGAUCAGUGCUGGGACCAAGUCGAGUGGGAGUGCCCGGUGCCGACGAAGUAUAAGCACCCGAUCGUGAUUCGGAAAAGACAUGUUCACAACCUCCUGGGGGUUAUCCUCGACUACACUCCGGUUCUUGAAGGGUUGCUUGGGGCCAAGGACAUACUAGUCAAGGUCGAUGACUUAUACCCGUGGCUGUCGGAGCAGAGUGAAAGACUCGCCGAGAGGAUUGCAGAAUGGAAGCAACACGUGGCUUCCGAGAAGGAUAUUCUGUCGGAUUCCCCUAGGCUGAGUAUCGACAAUUAUAGGGCUGCUGCUGAAUUGAUCCAGCAGAGGGAGGAGAGGAAGAAGGCAGGAGAGUUAUUCGAGGAGGGAUCUGAAGGUGCAGACGAGGAGUCCCUGGAGGAGGGUGAAGUAAUCGAUGACGAUGGCUUGACUGACGCUCAGAGGAAGGAGCUGGAGCAGUUGGAGAAGGGCAUGUAGAUUUUCGAUUUAUGUUGAAUAAAAGCUCUUCAUGUACAGUACUAUACCUAUGUUACACUUCUAGACGUAAAAA